AUGCUGCACCUACUGCUAAUUUCAAAGGACGCCCUCCAGCACAUCCUGAGCUUUGUCAAGGCAGACUCGUACGCGAUCAUCGGCCCGGUGUGUCGAGAUUUCAGGAACUGCUACGGCUCGGGCGAGAGAGUCACCAGGACUUCCAAGUACACGCAAUCCCUGCAGCUGUUCCGGCAGGCAACGGCAACAAACAUUGAAUUCAGAAGCCUUUGCCUGCUGGACGACCUGAUUUCGAGGGACGAGAUCGACGUGAUCCCCCCUCUGUUGACGCGCGGGUACGAGUGGGACCACUUCUGCGUGCAGCGCGCGGCGGAGACCAACAGCUACAGGUUCUUCCGGUGGCUCCAAUGGCUCCAAACCACCGACGAUGGUCUCCCCUGGUUGGUGGAGAACGCACACCGCGCGGCUGCCAAAGAGGGGAACUUGGAGAUGAUGAUCUACUUGGUCGAGAGCGGAGCGGGUUUCCCGGACAGCGGCUCGCUCGCCGUAACAAGAGAUUGCAAGAUCGUCGAGUGGUUGCGCGAGCUGCGGCUCGACCCCGCGCACGCCUUCGUGAAAGCUGCAAGGGAGGACGACGUCUGCGUCUUCGAGCAGACCGAGUCCUUCGAUGACCACGGUCUCAACCGAAUGUAUAUCAAGGAAGCGUGCAUCCACGGCGCGUUCAACGUGCUGGAGUUCUUUCGUGUCUUUGUUGGCGUCGGCCCGACGCCGUCGGACGUAGCCUGGGCCCUGCACUUCCAGACGGAAGACAUCUUGGAUUGGUACCGGGAAUUCUUCCCGCGCUCGGCCGAGGAAGUGUCAGGGUUGCGUUUGCGUUUGCGUUUGGCACUUUGA